AUGAGAAACGGAUUCUAUGAGAAGUUGGAGUCGGAGCUUCAAGGUUCAAGAAAUACUUAUUAUGUCGGUGGGCUUAUGGCGUUUGAGCUUACAGAGAGAAAUUCAUCUUAUGCCAUGGCUUUGAUCUGCAAGAAAUUUUCAAAUAGCAGUGAUUUGCCAGUGUUUCCUUACACUAAGAGUUUGUUUCCAUUGCAAACUGAGUUCCAGAAAAAGGAGCCUAAAGAACUUGGUGAAUUGCCCGGAGUGCAGUUUCCAAAUUUGCCAACUUUGAAUAGCUAUUUAAAGCAUUGGGGAACUGAUCCAGUCACUCAAAACAGAACUCUUUACACUUGGAUAAAUGAAGGAGGGACAGUGGGUGGCAAGAGGACAUAUAGAGAACAACACUUAAAUGCUUCUUGUAUUGCACAUAAGCUCUUAACAAGUGAAAAGCCAGUGAUCAAGCCUGGUGACAGGGUUCUCCUAGUCUAUGUUCCUGGCCUAGAUUUCAUUGAUGCCUUCUUUGGAUGUCUAAGAGCAAAAGUUUUACCAGUCCCAGUUCUUCCCCCGGACCCCAUGCAAAGAGGUGGACAAGCACUUCUAAAGAUUGAGAACAUUGCCAAGUCAUGUGGCAUAGUGGCGAUUUUAUCAACAGUGGCUUAUCAUUCAGCAGUACGUGCAGGUUUAGUGAAAAGUUUUAUCUCAUUAACUGGAAAGAUUGGGAAACCCGCAGCUCAGUGGCCUAAACUUCCUUGGCUGCACACUGACACUUGGGUCAAUAAUAACUCAAGAAAUUUGGCUUUGGAAGAUGCAGAUGAUCAAUGUGAAUCCAAGCCUGGUGAUUUAUGUUUCUUGCAGUUUACCUCAGGUUCAACUGGUGAUGCUAAAGGAGUCAUGAUAACACAUGGAGGGCUUAUUCACAAUGUGAAGUUGAUGAAAAGCAUAUACAAGAGCACCUCAAGGACUAUGCUAGUGAGUUGGCUUCCUCAGUAUCAUGACAUGGGGCUGAUUGGAGGACUUUUUACAGCUCUUGUUAGCGGUGGAUCUGCUGUGCUUUUCUCACCGAUAACAUUUAUUAAGAAACCACUCUUGUGGCUUGAAACCAUGAGCAAGUAUCAAGCAACUCACAGUGCUGGCCCCAACUUUGCUUUUGAGUUGGUGGUUCGAAGGUUAGAGUCUGAAAAAGACAAGCUUCAGAAUUUAAACCUUUCAUCCAUGAUUUUUCUCAUGGUUGCCGCUGAGCCAGUGAGACUGAAGACCCUGAAAAGGUUUCUUGAUUUAACUGCUUCUUUUGGCUUAUCUCAGAAGGUGAUGGCUCCUGGAUAUGGCUUAGCAGAAAAUUGUGUGUUUGUCAGUUGUGCAUUUGGUGAAGGGCGUCCUAUUCUUGUUGACUGGCAGGGAAGAGUUUCUUGUGGAUACAUUCACCCAGGUGAUGCAGAUAUUGACAUUAGAAUAGUUGAUCCAGAGAAUGGUGAAGAGCUUCGAGAAGAUGGAAAGGAAGGAGAAAUCUGGAUAAGUAGUCCAAGUGCUGGAAUAGGAUACUGGGGAAAGGAAGAACUGAGUCAGAAAACUUUUAGAAAUGAGCUUCAGAACCAUCCUGGACGAAACUACACAAAAACUGGAGACUUGGGAAGAAUAAUUGAUGGGAAGCUAUUCAUCACCGGGAGAAUCAAGGAUCUUAUCAUUGUGGCUGGAAGAAAUAUCUACUCAGCAGAUGUUGAGAAAACAGUGGAGAGUUCAUCUGAAUUUCUUCGUCCUGGGUGUUGUGCAGUCGUUGGUGUCCCUGAGGAGGUUCUAUCAGCAAAGGGGAUUACCCUGCCGGAUGGAUCUGACCAAGUUGGCUUGGUUGUGGUUGCUGAAGUUAGGGAUGCUAAAGCGGUGAGCAAAGAUGUGAUCGAGCAUAUUCAGACUCGUGUAGCAGAAGAACAUGGAGUCAGUGUUGCUUCUGUCAAGCUGAUCAAGCCAAGAACCAUCAGCAAAACAACAUCAGGAAAAAUCAAGAGAUUUGAAUGUCUCAAACAGUUUGCAGAUGAUACACUGAAUUUGGUGCCUCAACCUAUUCAGACAAGGAGAACACUGUUAAGAUCAUUUACUACAGGAACAUGCACAGAAGGAAGAACACCCCGGGCCCAGCUGGUGAGAAGUAGUAAUCCUCUGCCUAUUCCAAGAAUCAGUAACAAGGAAAUUGUGGAGCACUUGAAAAGGCUUGUUUCUGAGCACUCAGGAAUCCCAGUCAAAGAUAUCUCAGUCACAGAAAACAUGUCUGCAUACGGAAUUGAUUCAAUCGGAGUGGUUAAAGCAACUCAAAAACUCUCAGAUUUCCUGGGUGUGCCAGUUGCAGCUAUAGAUGUCUUCACUGCAUCAUGCAUUCAAGAAUUGGCUAACUUCUCCGAGAAUCUUAUGUUAAAGUCUCAACCUCAACUUAUGAGCAAUUCAUCCCAUGCUCUGGGUUCUGAAAUUGACACCACUGAUAUGAUUGUCGAUGUGUCCAGGUCUCGCCAAUGGGGUAUCCGUUUACUCCAACUCCUAGCACUAAUUUAUAUUUCUGUCAUGCUGUUUUCUCCUGCUUACCUAUCCAUCACUGUUUUUCAAAGUUUCAUACCAAAUGCCAGCGAAUCGGCCAAACUAUGCCCUGACACCCGAAAUAUCCGUCUAUUCAAUGGAUUUUGUCAAGUGGUGGGCGCUGUAUAA